UGGAAGUGCAAAGUGGACGGUGGUUGUAGAUACUAGUUAGUAACAGAUAUGUCGCAAAAUGGAUCGUGUAGUAACAAUAUGCGGAGAUCUGAAUCUAUGGAAGCUCUCACAGAGACCUCGCCUCCGUCGCCAAUGGGCGACGCGAAGGAGUCUAAGAUGAGCCAGAUACAGUUCUCAACUCCUUUCGAAAAACAGGAGAGCUCGGUAUGGCAGAAACGUCAACAGGCGGUGUGUGUGCGGCACGCGUUCAAGCACUACGGCUCCAAGAAACGACCCAACCAUGUGCUUAGCAACCUUAACAUGACUGUUGCUAAGGGUACCAUAUACGGUCUUCUCGGAGCUUCAGGAUGUGGUAAGACGACUCUGCUAUCCUGCAUCGUCGGCAGGCGGAAACUGAACAGCGGCGAGAUAUGGGUGCUUGGGGGCAAACCUGGCACCAAAGGUUCUGGAGUACCCGGCAAGCGGGUAGGCUACAUGCCCCAAGAGAUCGCUUUAUAUGGAGAAUUCACGAUCAAAGAAACCAUGAUGUACUUCGGCUGGAUCUUCGGCAUGGAGACCAAAGAGAUUGUGGACCGGCUGCGGUUCCUACUGGAUUUCCUCGACCUACCCAGCGAGAACAGAAUGGUUAAGAACCUUAGUGGUGGACAACAACGUCGUGUAUCAUUCGCCGUGGCGCUUAUGCAUGACCCUGAGCUGCUGAUCCUUGACGAGCCGACAGUCGGAGUGGACCCACUGCUGCGUCAGUCCAUCUGGACGCAUCUAGUCCGCAUCACCAGCUCUGGUGACAAAACCGUCAUCAUUACCACACAUUAUAUCGAAGAAGCAAGACAGGCUCAUUGUAUUGGUCUGAUGCGAAGCGGUCGCCUUUUGGCUGAGGAGUCACCUCAGGCGUUACUGCAGAUGUACAGCUGCAUAUCUCUUGAAGAUGUCUUCCUCAAACUGUCUAGGAAGCAAGUGGAUCAACAUACACAACAAAACGUUUCUCUUCCAGGCCAGGCCAACCAAGUUGUUGAGCUGAAUGUAACCGGAGGAGCCCUAGGGCUAAACAAAAUGUCCAAGAGAGAGGAGGCUCCUUACGCGGCCGAGGAUGCUCAAGUCGUAGGCCUGGUGUUCCAUCAAAGCAAGGAAGUGCUCAUCGUAGACCAUGGUGCAGGCUCGAAUGGCGAUAUCCCUGGCAAAGUAACUGAUGUUACACCUGACUGUGAUGACUGCGGAGACUGUCUAAACUUUACUUCUCGCGGAAAGAUAAAGGCGUUGAUCCAGAAGAACUUCCUUAGAAUGUGGAGAAACAUUGGUGUGAUGCUGUUCAUCUUCGUGUUACCUGUGAUGCAAGUUAUUCUGUUCUGUCUGGCUAUCGGAAGGGAUCCUAGUGGACUUAAGCUGGCUAUUGUAAACGACGACGUCCGCAUCAUCGAUGGUUACUGUCCUUAUAACUCGUCCUGCUCCAUGAAGAACUUAUCAUGUCGAUACCUGGAUAAUUUGAAUAAUCAUACGAUAAAGGAGUAUUAUGCAAACCUGACGGAUGCCCUGAAAGCUGUCGAGGACGGGGAGGCAUGGGGAGCGCUAUACUUCAACGAGAAUUACACUGACUCUCUUGUUGCAAGACUGGCUCUGGCUGACACUGCUGACAACGAAACCAUCACGUCAUCGGAGGUCCAAGUGUGGCUCGACAUGUCCAACCAACAGAUCGGUCUCAUGCUUAACAGGGACAUACAGUUCUCAUACAGAGACUUUGCCAAGGACUUGCUGCAAACGUGUGAAUACAAUCCGAAGCUGGGUGACAUCCCUAUCGACUUCAUGGACCCUAUCUACGGCAACAAGAACCCUUCAUUCACUGACUUCGUCGCGCCAGGAGUUAUUUUGACGAUCGUAUUCUUCUUAGCUGUCGCCCUAACAUCAUCAGCGCUGAUCGUGGAACGUAUGGAAGGUUUGCUGGACCGAUCCUGGGUGGCUGGCGUGUCUCCUGGUGAGAUCCUGUUCUCCCACGUGGUGACCCAGUUCGUGGUGAUGUGUGGACAGACUGCAUUGGUGCUUAUCUUCAUGAUAUCCGUGUUCGGAGUGAAGAAUAAUGGAAACAUCGUGUUUGUUAUUAUGCUGACUCUGCUGCAGGGUCUCUGCGGCAUGUGCUUCGGCUUCGUGAUAUCCGCAGCUUGCGAGCUAGAACGAAAUGCAAUCCAGCUUGCUCUCGGCUCCUUCUACCCGACGCUACUGCUCAGUGGCGUUAUCUGGCCCAUCGAGGGCAUGCCCUGGGUGCUGCGAUACGUGUCGCUCUGCUUACCGCUUACUCUCGCGACCAACUCGCUACGGUCCAUCCUUACCAGAGGCUGGCCCAUCACCGACCCUGAAGUGUACAUGGGCUUCGUCUCGACGCUAGCAUGGAUCGCCCUCUUCCUAAUCGUCACAUUAACUAUUUUGAAGUUCAAAAGAAAUUAAGAUGCCAUCGCACUUGCUCAAGGCAUUAGUCGUGAAAGUCGUGUCGACUUCGAAAGUCCGUCCUUUAGAUUUUUUCUAAAUGUAUCUAUUAUGCGUAAGAAUAGCAUUUAAAAUGGGGUUGCCAGACUAUCGUGAGUUGGCCGUUAAUUUAAAAAUAUAAUUUUAUUUUUUAUACAUAUUUUUACUUGUCUACCUGAUUUGACAGUUGUCGUAUUAAUCUGAACAAAAAUAGUCGAUUACUUUUUGUAAAUGUUUUGGUACGAUUUUAGGCUCACGAUAGGAAGGAGUUAGAAGUUCAGGACCACGCCUUAUAGUCAGUAAAUAUUUCUUCAUUUUAUAGGGUGAAGGGAGACAAGUCAGUUCGUUGUACACUCUCGAAACUAUUAUAAGAACAUGGAAAAGCAAAUAAAAAAUGCAAAAAAAAAAUAUAGUAGCUCGGAACCUAUAAGGUAUAAAACCGCUUUAAUCCCUAUUACCACCAAAUACCGAAAGUGUACGACUUACUUUUUAAUGUACUCGGAAAAGUAUUCUAUGUCGUGUUAUUGAAGUCUUAUUUACAAUGGCAGGCGUAGUUCACUUUUUCACAAGUUCUACAGGGUGUUUUUUUUCUAAAGUGGUGCGAGUUACAUUUUUCAAAUUACAAAUUGGUAUAAACGAAGAAAUUAUAAUUUAGUACAAUUUUUAAAUUGUAUACGAUGUCGUCUUUCGAGAAAAAUGUGCUACACGAUUUUAGUCUUAAAAUCCUCUUGUUUCUUAUAUAUUUUGCUCAAAAAUCGAACAAAACUGAUUUUUUAUGACCUUAGUUCUUAUAGCUAAUUGACUGUUAGUCGGAAUGUAAAUAGUAGCCUAUAUUUAUGCAUUAGUGUCAAGAUAUAACGUGUAGGGUUAGCGGGAAUGUUAGCAAUAAUGAUUGGUCCAACGCUUUUUAGAAUUAACCUCUUUUUCUUGUGUUUACUUCGAGAACAAUCCAUUUAUUUGUCAAUCUACUAAAAACUUAUUUAAAACCAAACGGUAGAAUGUUUAAAAAGAUGUGUUGCCUUCAUAAAAUAUUAAUCGGUGUUGCCAACUACUUGAUGAUUUUUUAUUACCAUUUCAAAACAUAUUUUUUCUCGAAAUAAACACAGGAAUGUCGCUAUCAUCGGUAGGGGACAUUAUAAUGUAAGAUUUUGACAUUCAAUGUUAAAAAUACCUGAUAAAUGAGUUACCAUAGAAUAAGAUGGUGCCAUAAACAAUAAUGGUGUAUGAGGAGCUAUUUUCAAAAAACCUUUUUGGAUUUAAAAAAGAACUGGUUUAAUCUCAAAAUACCGAAUCAUUAUUACUUUUAUUUAAUCUCUGUUAUAUACCUGUGUGAAUAUUAUAUUUUAAUAGAGAUAAACAAAAACAAUAAUGAUUCGGUAAACGGCAGCGCCAUCUUGUUUUUUUAAAGGGCAACACACACUUUAUGGUAUUCAAAAUAUAUGAUAUCUAAUGGUCACAUCAUUUCAUAGAUAUUAGUGAUGUACAGUUAAGUUAGGUUUUUACGGAGUCUAGAUACGGUAAAUAGUCUAGAUUUUAACUAUUUUAAGUUAUAUGUGGCGUUUUGUAUAAAAUAUUCUUUUUUUUUUAAACUUUGUCUAUAGAUGUCGCUUAGCAAAUGGAACAUCGAAUAGUUGUGUAAAUCGGUCGAUAGGUGUCGCUACGAAUGCAUCGAUUGUGUGUAUAAUUAAUUAUUGUAUCUUAGAAGUGUCAGACUGUGAUUAUUUUUGCUAACAUUGACAUUUUUGUAAUGACAACUAUACAAUAAAUACUGUACCAAAUAA